CAAAUCUCGCACGCUACCCCACAACAGAGCUAUGGCUUCACAACUUUACGGCCCACCGGAACUCCACAACCAGCCGUCCAACGGCGGCGCCACUGCCGCCAUGGAAACAGAUCCACCAACGGGUUUCACCGAAAACCGUUCCCUUACCUACCUCGCCACCGGCAAUCCUUGCCUCGAUUUCUUCUUCCAUAUUGUACCCGACACAGAUUCGAAGUCGCUGAUCAAGAGAUUGUCCAAAUCUUGGGAUUACAAUCCAGUGAAAACCCUAAAACUCUUAUGUAAUCUGAGAGGCGUACGAGGCACCGGAAAGUUGGACAAGAAGAAUUUCUACAAGGCGGCUCUUUGGCUCCACAAAUUUCACCCCAAAACCCUAGCCUGCAAUGCGGGUGUGAUGGCGGAGUUCGGGUACUUCAAGGACUUGCCGGAGAUCCUCUUACGCCUCCUGGAGGGACCCAAAGUCCGGUCCACCCUGAAAAGUGAGUGGGAGAAAAAGAAGAACAAGAAAGGCAAAGGCAAUGCAAGAAAAAUGUAUUUUCUCGGGAAAAGGAAGGAAAAUCGUGCGAACAUAGAAGGGAAAAGCCGGAAGGCGAGGAAACGAGAGAGGGAGAACAAGAGGAGGUCAAGGGCUGAAAAUCCGACCGAACAGAGAAUUGAGUCCAACAUGGAGAAAGUGAAGGUUGAGAGAGGGAAGGCUAGGGUUUUGAGGAAGGAGAGAGAGCUUGAAAAGGCCAAGAAGGCCUUGGGGAGGUACACUCAGGACCCCGAUUACCGGUUCUUGCACGACAAGAUUUCUGAGGUCUUCGCAGGGCAUCUGAGGUUUGACAUUCAGCGUUUGAACAACGGAAUGAUCAACAAGAUCAGUUUGGCAGCCAAAUGGUGUCCUUCAAUCGAUUCCUCAUUCGAUAAGUCCACUUUGAUAUGCGAAAGCAUUGCGAAAAGGGUUUUUCCUCGUGAGGAGUAUGAAGAGUACAGAGGAAUUGAAGAAGCUCAUUAUCUGUAUAGAGUCAGAGACCGUUUGAGGAAGGAAGUUCUUGUGCCUCUUCAUAAGGCUCUGGAGUUACCAGAGGUUUAUAUGAGUGAGAAACAUUGGGACACACUUCCAUAUAAAAGGGUUGCUUCUGUGGCAAUGAAGAACUACAAGAACAUAUUUUUGCAUCGCGACAACAAGAGGUUUAAAGAGUACCUUCAGGAUGUCAAAACCGGUAAGGCGAAAAUCUCAGCAGGAGCAUUGCUUCCCCAUGAGAUUAUAGCCUCUUUGAAGGACCAAGAUGGUGGAAAAGUUGCAGAGCUUCAGUGGGCGAGAAUGGUAGAGGACCUUGCAGAGAAAGGGAAGCUGAGAAAUUGCAUUGCUGUGUGCGAUGUCUCGGGAAGUAUGGAAGGUAAGCCUAUGGAGGUUUGUGUGGCUCUGGGAUUGUUAAUUUCGGAGCUCAGCGAAGAUCCAUGGAAAGGGAAAGUGAUUAGUUUCAGUGAAAAUCCUCAGCUUCAUAGGAUUAAAGGAGAUAGUCUUGAAGAGAAGAUUAAUUUUGUGAAGCAAAUGGACUGGGGUGGAAAUACAGACUUCCAAAAAGUUUUUGAUAGGAUAUUGAAAGUGGCUGUUAAAGGAAAGUUGAGUGAUGAGCAAAUGAUAGAGAAGAUCUUCGUAUUUAGUGAUAUGGAAUUUGAUCAGGCUUCGAAUCACCACAGUGGAUAUGGUUAUUCAGGGUCGGAAUACCUCUCAUAUUCCGCCUCAUAUAGUGAAGGUUCAGAAUCCGCCUCAUAUAGUGAAGGUUCAGAAUCCGGCUCAUAUAGUAGUGAUGAUUUAGAUAGUGAGAUUGAGAAGAAUCGUAGGCAUCAGAGAAGAUCUACCUUAAUAGAAAACAAGAAGAAGAAAGCACGUCCGAAAGGUUGGGAGACAGAUUAUGAAGUGAUACAGAGGAAAUUUAGGGAAAAAGGAUUCAACAAGGUGCCGGAGAUCGUGUUCUGGAACCUGAGGCACUCCUCAGCUACUCCAGUUACAGCCAAGCAGAGUGGUGUGGCACUGGUAAGCGGCUUUUCGAAGAAUAUGGUGACUAUGUUCUUGGAGGAAGAUGAUGGGGUUGUCAACCCAGAGGCUGUGAUGGAAAAAGCCAUCUCUGGUGAACUAUACCAGAAACUCCUCGCAUAUGAUUGAAUGAAGUGUCUCUCAGCAUAUAAUUUUUAGUUCUCUGAUAGUUCCCCCUUACUAGUAUUAUUCUGAGUUUUACUAUCUUUGCUACAAUUACUCAAAUUAGGUACAUGCUUGGUUUAGAUGAGAUGAAUGGCCAUAUAGUUAUGUCGUUCAACUUAUAUUGAUCCCAUAUAAUCAAUAGUUAAAUACAAUUUUCAGUGUUCUA